UAAAAAGUCAGAAACAGUUUUAACCAAGCACAGAUACGAAGAGAGACGAAACUAUAAACAGAGAAAGAAAGAGAAAGAGAAAGAGAAGGAUCUACAAAAUGUUAAGAACAGUAACAGCACCGUCAUUAUCUUUUUCUUCUUCUUCUACUUGUCUCAUUGUCUCAACACAGAAUAAAUCUUAUCUUAUCCCACAUUCCUUAAAACUUUCUUCCCCAUUGAUUGGCAAUAUUAACAAGAGUAAUAGUAACAGAACAGUCACUUGCAAUUACAAUCCUUCAAGAAGACUGGCUCUUUUUCAACUUGGAGCUGUUAUCCCACAAUCACAGUUCUUAAGUGGAACCUUAGCACCAGCAAGAAGUAGUGAAGUUGCUGACCAAAAUGUGCUAGAGUGGGUCAAGAAUGACAAAAGAAGAAUGCUUCAUGUCGUUUAUAGUGUUGGGGACUUGGACAAGACUAUAAAAUUUUAUACUGAAUGUCUGGGCAUGAAGCUGUUAAGGAAACGUGAUAUACCUGAAGAUAGAUAUAGCAAUGCUUUUCUUGGAUAUGGACCUGAAGACACUAACUUUACUGUUGAACUUACUUAUAAUUAUGGAGUUGACAAGUAUGACAUUGGAGAUGGGUUUGGACAUUUUGGUAUUGCAGUAGAAGAUGUUUCGAGGACAGUUGAUCUUGUCAAGGCAAAGGGGGGCAAGGUUACUAGAGAACCAGUUCCUGUUAAAGGUGGAAGUACAAAGAUUGCUUUUGUUGAAGACCCAAACGGUUAUAAGUUUGAGCUCUUGGAGAGAGGCCUUACGCCUGAGCCCCUAUGCCAAGUGAUGCUUCGAGUGGGUGAUCUUGACCGCUCCAUAAAUUUCUAUAAGAAGUCUUUUGGCAUGGAGCUUCUACGCAGAAGGGAUAACCCUGAGUACAAGUAUAUGGUAGCCCUGAUGGGUUAUGGUCCUGAAGAUAAAAAUGCAGUGCUAGAGCUGACAUAUAACUAUGGGAUUACAGAAUACAACAAGGGAAAUGGAUAUACGCAGAUUGCCAUAGGCACAGAUGAUGUCUAUAAGAGUGCAGAGGCUGUCAAGCAGUGUGAAGGGAAAAUUAUCCGUGAACCUGGGCCUAUACCAGUUAUCAACACCAAGAUUACUGCUUGCUUGGAUCCUGAUGGUUGGAAAUCGGUCUUUGUUGAUAAUGUAGACUUUUUGAAGGAACUGGAGUGACCAUGACAACUGCAACAUAUCUUUAUUAAAUUCAUAGGAAGAUUCUUGACAAUUUUGACAGCCUCCUUUUCUCACCAGAAACCCCUCAAUUUACCAUGUACAUAUAUGAUUGUAACGGUUGUUAUUAGUGCAAUUCUUGUUGCCCUCGCCCAAUACAUGUCAACUAAGCCUGAGAUACAAUUUCCAUGUUAAUUGCUUUGCAAAGUCAAAAUCUAGUUUUGCAGCAA